AUGCCGCCAGCCGAUAUUGCUUGGGCCGUUGUCGAUCAAGAUCACCCUUUACUACAGCAUAUGUACGCUAGGGCCGACACCUUCCACUCCAUCCCACCACUCAUCCCUUCCACCUCAUCUACCUCUUCUCCAACUGCAGCUAGAGUCACGAAUCCUAUAGCAAGCAUCCAUCACAACACUCCACUUAUCCUCUGCAUUGUGAUCGGUGCCGUAGUAGUGACCGCAACACUCUCAGUCGGCUUGGCCUGGAUCUUGCGUCUCGCUUGCUGUGCAGGUCAACGCAGAGCUAGGCGAAAGCGUCGUCUUGAUCGUUCGACGUGGAGCCCCUCUGCCCUUGCAUCCGCCAUUGACAGUAAGAGUGACAACGAGAAGAGUGUAGGUCGCAGGUCUCUUGACAGCGUCUCGUUCAGAGGUGAUGAUGAUCUCGAGCGUAAGGAUGCCAAGAUCGAUGCCUUCUUUGAUGGCAAGGCUAAAGGCACACAGCUUGACGGUGCUGUUCCCACGCUUUCGUACGGAGAUGAUGCCAAGGUCCCAGAAGCACCAAAGAGCACAUGGGACGGCAAGGGGUGCACUUUGUUCGAUCCUCCCGUCACCGGUAUUCAGCAACCGGAGCCUGCGGUGACAGCUUCGCUAGCCGGCAACACAAGGGGUGGCAACUACAGUGCAGCCAGGCAAGAGCUUGCAAACCAAGACGUUGGCGGCUUCACAUGGCCUUCCUCGAUGGAACGACAGCCUAGCUUCAUCGAACGUCUGGCGCAGAGGCAUCAUCAAGCCUUGGAGCUGCCAACCACUGCACCUCUUCCUUAUCCUUUCCAAGCCAAGCCAGUGCAGCCUGCCUCCCGCAUGGCCAGCUUGGGAGGUGUGGCCAAUCGAGCCGUGAUGAACAUGCUCCCUCUCACGCUCCGGAAUGCUGCUACCACCGCGUCAAGGCAGAGAGCAACACGCAGGCGAUACCGUGAUAUGCAGCCUUACCUCGAUAGCGACUUCGAAGGCACAAUCGGUGGGAAGGAUCGAGAGUUGCCGAUCGCUCGUCGACUUCGAAGAACCGAAGAGCGCAUGGCUGUAGACUGUACUACUGAAGAAGAGUCCAACUCGCCAUUGAACACCUUGCCGGUAUACCCUGGGCAGUUGGACGACUCGUUGCGCUUCCCUCGCGUCCAGCAGGUCUUGAUGCCCUCGCCUAUGAUUCCUAUGACCCUGAUCAACGCCGACAGCAAAGCUCCAGUGGAGUUCACUCCAGGCCUCGCUGGUGUCGGAGCUGCUUGGUCUAGAAAGGGCUCUGAGCCGCAGGUGAGUGCGCGAUCGUCAAUGGCGAACGUGCAGAUGCCCAAGGUGAUUGAGCCUAGUCGUGCUUCUGCGCUGCCCGUGCCUGCUCUUGACGGCGACCGUCCAAGUCGGCUUCUCGGGAGCGUCGGGUGCUGGCUGGGCCAGAUCACAGAGGCGGGCGAGAUUGCUGAUCCUUACACGGAACUGUCUCCUCGACCUGACCGCAAGCUCGCCAAGAACGGAAGUCUUCGCAGCGACUACACAUCGACGACUUUGGCAGACUCAGCUACGACCAGCUCCAGCGCUCAAGGUACUGCCCGUACAGAAGGCAACACUUCGGGUAACGCAGGACUUCUCCUGCAGCAUGUCGAUGAGAAUCUGGCGGAGCAUGACCGACAGCAACGCCGACUUCUUCGUAAGGCGCGCAAGUAUAUUUCAGCAGUCGACAAUGAUGCUGCCGAAACCAAGCAGAAGGCGUUCAAUGAAGAAGACGAUGCUGCUGUGAACGUCAGUCGAGCUCCCAGCAUUCGACCUCAAUUCUUUGCCACCACCGACCUCAAGAGCUGGCUUGAGCCGAACAAGGUCUUGACUACGCACGGAAUCAAGGUACUGGAGGAGGGAAGUACAGUCGAUAGCGAUGCCACCGAUCCAUUCGUUUCCGAUGUCGAGGCAAGGAAGCUACAUCUGAGAAAUUACGAUUCGUAUGAGUCGUUGAUACCGGAGGCGCGCCCCACCAAAGCCAAACAGAGGUCUUCUAGCUCCAAGCAGAACCUCCGCUCGACUGUAGCUGCUAGCCCUUGCGCCGCUGUCAAGGAUGCAAGCCGUCAAAAGCGUGAGGCGUUGCGAUCUGUCAACGCUGCACUCGUCAGGAAGUCGAGUCAAAAGGCUUUACAGUCUGCCUGGCAGAGUCCGGCUGAUCUCUCGAUCGUCUCAUCCGUCUUUGACAAAGAAUUUGCUGCUCAGUCUACCAAGAGAGCAAACAGCAAGAAGCCAUCAACAAAGAACGACGCCGAAGCCAUAUCUACGGCAAAAGCGGAAGCAGACGCUGCUGUUAGAGAUGCUUGGAGGCGACGCAAGCUGCUCUCCAUCAGUUCUCGUGGCGGUCAGCGAAUUCGCACCACCCACACUACUUUGACUGGAUCAGAGCAGGUUAGUGCGCUACUGAGCAGAGCGGAGAGCAUGCGAUCGGAGCCAAGUAUCUACUCUGAGCUGACCGCUGCAUCGGACUACCAGUUCCAAGCUCCUCUGCUUUCUGCCAGCUGUGGCGCGAGCACCGUCGAUGCUGUUUCUGAGGAUUUCGACGUGGCUAUCGAGAUGCUGAGCCAAGCUGAUGAUGCUAGGAGAAAGGAGGAAGCGGAGGUUCUUCUGAAGAAGCAGAUGAAGAAGCAGAUGAAGAAGGAGGCAAAGAAGGAAGCCAAGAAGGAAGCAAAGAGAGAACACAGAAAAGUCGAGCGACAACAAGCUCGGGACGCUGCUGCGGCGGAAGCAGACGAUGCUGAGCCACAAGAAGUCAGCUCUUCGGCUGUUUCGAUCAAGGAUGCCGAACAGCAUGCUGUCAGUGCCGAAGCUGAAGCUGCGAUUGCUGAGAAGUUGGCCGUCAGACGAACCAACAUGAAGCAGCGAUCCGUCUCACUUGGUAUGGCAAGGAGCCAGUUCGCUGCAGCAGAUGCUGACAGGUACGCUACCGUGGACGAUGUCAAUGUCCCACAUUCGCCCUGGACCUCGAGCGAUUCCGACAUCUCCGUUCGUAGAUGGGGUGGGCCUCGUCGCGACGAUUCACUUGGCCGCUACCAGAAUCGCACCUCUUGCGCAUCGAUGAUGCCUCACGAAGCUGCUCAGGGCAAGCGAUCUUUGUCCAAGCAGGCUCGCGCCAACAGCUACUACUAUGGCAUGGGUGCAGGAAGUGACCUGCGAGAUCUCUGCUGA